AUGACCGGACAUGCACCCCUUGUUGGCGUUAUCGGAGGGUCAGGAUUGUACAAACUCGAAGGGAUCGAGCCCGUGGAGAGCCUGAACAUAGAUACCCCAUGGGGUCGGCCCUCGUCCCCGAUCACACUGUUCAAACUGCCCAGUGGUCCAGUGGUCGCGUUCCUCGCCCGACAUGGUGUCUCACAUCAAUUUACCCCUUCUGAAGUCCCCUCGCGAGCCAAUAUUGCCGCCCUGAAGAAAAUCGGAUGUCAGGUGAUCAUUGCGUUCUCGGCUGUCGGGAGCUUGCGGGAGGAAAUCAAGCCUCGAGAUAUUGUUGUUCCCAGUCAGAUUAUCGAUCGUACCAAGUCCGCCCAUGCGAUGUUUGGCGAGCCGUUUGAUACCGAGUUGACGGGACUGGUCACUAAAUCUAUCAAAGAAGCUGUUACCGGCUUCGAGAUGAAUGAUCGGAUUGGCGUGCACGCCGAAAAGGUGGCUAUUUGCAUGGAAGGCCCUGCAUUCUCUACCCGGGCCGAAAGUAACAUGUAUCGCAUGUUUGGCGGGGAUAUUAUAAAUAUGUCGGUUCUUCCGGAAGCUAAGCUUGCCCGAGAGGCUGAACUGAGCUAUGCAUUGAUUGCUCAAAUAACUGAUUACGAUGCUUGGAGGGAAAGCGAGGAACCGGUCACGGUAGCCGAAGUUAUGGCCACCAUCGCCGCCAACGUCUCUGUUUCCAACCGAUUGACCCUAACGAUCUUGGAUGAAGUCCAUAAUGCAGUAGCUAAGGGGCAACUCAAGACUUGUAAAGGAACAAUGGAAUACAGUGUGAUGACAAAGAAGGAAAUGAUCUCGGAAGAGUCUAAGAAGACCCUCAGCUUCAUCUUACCUUAUUUCUCUUGA